AGAUGGCUGAGGUUAGCCCUGGUCAAACAUUUCGCAAAUUUUGAGGAAAUUACGGUAUAUAGAAAUAAAGAAAAAUUAAAGAUGGCAUAUUCUUCACGUCAAAAACAUGCUGUAUACCAGCAAGCCAAAUCAGAAUUGCAGACCAAGCUGAUAGAAACAUAUGAAAAGACCGUCCUUCAAGUGCCUGUCAUUCCGUUACCAGGAAGUCCAAAUUGUCACUUCAAUGAUAUAUAUGUUAGACCAACUAUCACUAGAGAAAUCAGCGGCAAACGUGGAAUGACUGAAGAUAUUGAAGUUAUAUCAAUGUCAGAAAUUUUUACAAAAGGCAAAGAUCGUCAAAGAUAUAUUUAUCUUGUUGGAGAAGCUGGUACUGGGAAAAGUUUUUUCUGUAGAAAAUUGAUAAUGUUUUGGUGUAUGGCACACAGUGAGACUCCAUGUGUAGAAGAUGAAUUAGAUGGUAUAAAAGAAAUGAAGAAAUUUGAUUUCUUAUUUUACAUCCCUUUGAGACGAUUUCAACAGGUAAUUUCAAUUGAAGAUAUGCUUCUUAAGGAAUACAAUGCAGGAAUUCUCAGACAUCUUAUUGAUGAAGAGUCAGGUAAACUUCUCAUAUUGCUUGACGGGUUGGAUGAAUGGUUCCCCCAUACGCAAACAUACAAUCAGUUCCAGACUGAAGGUCUGCCUCAAGUAGACUGCUUUAAGGACUACACCGUUAUAACUACGUCUCGGCCGUGGAAGAUUCGAACUCUGGUUGUAUGUAAAAGUGACAUGGACGUAACAUUAAAACUCAAAAUUAAUGAGAAACAUGAACAGGAAUUGUUGUACAGAACUUUAUCUGUAUUGAGCCAGAACUCAACAGGCCCUUGUAAAGAUGUUAGUGCCUUUGAACAAAAGCUGGACAAGAAGCCUCUGGCAGGUUUAAAACAAGUCCCACUAAUACUUCAACAUUUAAUAUGCCUCUGGCUUAAUGAUGACCUCAAUAGGUCCACAAGAUGUUCUGUAUAUACUAGUAUAUUGGAACUUUUCUUUAUCUGGAAUGAUAGUAAAUCAACAGGUAAUGGAGAACAAAGAAUGGAAGAUGAUUCCCCGCCUGUAGAUCUCCCUCAAUAUUUAGCAGAUAAAAAGAUAUGUAAAUUAAAUAGUGAUCUCAUUUAUGACUUGUCACGGAUGGCUUAUGAGACACUUUUUAGGCCCACAAAGGAUAAUUCAUGGACAUUUUAUGACGAUGUGUUGCUUGAUUUAGAUCUUUAUGAGGAUGAUGUUAAAGAAAGGUGUGUCGUACUUGGAAUAUUAUCGGAAGAUACAUGUCCAAUUUUCUGGGCCCAUAAACCUUCAAGAUCACUGUUCUCUUUCAUUCAUAAAUCAAUGCAUGAAUUUAUGGCAGCAGUGUGUAUUGCUGUCAAUUUCAAAAAUAAACUAAGUUUAUUAAAUAAUUUAGAAAAUGUAGAUUUGCAAAGUGAGUCCAUGCAGUUUGUAGAGGAUGUUUUCAAGAAACGUUCAACUUUAGAUGACAUACUAGAGGUGUCAAAUGUUUUCAUUUUUCUUUGUGGUCUAGAACCUAGAUUAGCAACACAUGUAUGGAAAUGCAUAUAUGAUAUUUGUUUUAAAGAUUCAUGUGUGCAAGGGUAUAGGAGAACAGUGGAAAAUGAUGAUAGAUGUGUCGUAGAUCUGCAAGAUCUUAUUUUUAACUCGGUGGAAGAAUGCAAUGCAAGUGUUGUAGGAAGUCAUCCUAGAUUUUAUCUGGGAGAUUUGAUUAUUAAUAGCAGGAAUUUUGAUAUGGUUUGUUCAAGUAUUGAUCGACAGCAAAUAGCUCUUGAAUCAGUUAUAUCUCUAACUUUAUCUAUAGAUGACUGUAUAACAACUCGUAAUGGUGACAUUUUCAGGUAUUUACCAAUGUUCCAACACCUUGAAAAGAUCAGCAUAAAAUCUGGACUAGUGGCGCUUCAGGUGUGUACACCAAGUACACCCGAUAAUGAACAAAUUCUUCAUGUGGUCAACAGUUCUGUUGCAGAAAUGAUGAAAAUGAAUGUUUCAACAUUAAAAUCUUUGUCUGUUUGUGGUGCUCCGUUUACGACUAUGUUUUAUCCAGUGUGUAAAACUGUAGUGUACUACCUACCUAGUAUGAUCAAUCUUGAAGCAAUAAAGAUGUCACAUAUGACACUUAAUCAUGAACAUGCUUCUUCCUUUUGCGAGUUUCUACAAGGAACCAGUCACCUUGAAGGAAUAUACUUAUGUUUGUCUUGUGAGUGUGGGAACCAGCAUGACGUAAAUUUAUCAAAUCAUCCUCAGUUGAAGUACAUUAACUACAUCAAUGACGUGUCUGUGACAAACGUUGAUGCCUCAAACCUUGAGGUAUUUAAAUUUAGUGGUUUGAAAUACGACAACUAUAUGAAUGUUUUUGGUUUAAUUGGAACAGCUAGCAAAUUAACAGAACUUGACUUAUUUGCAGAAUUUACCAAUUCUGAACUAUUUCAUUCUGGUGUUACCAGCAAGCUGUGUACAGUGUUACCGUUGUUACACAACCUAAAUAGACUUCAUUUAACACAGUGUCGGUUACAUGACAAUAUAAUCCAGCUUCCGUUAGAGAUGAAGAGUUUGAAGCACAUUAGUCUGUAUGGUGUGAUCAUGAACCUGAGAACAUGGCGGAAGUUUGUUGACAUUCUACCAGAUGUUCCUCACACUGUGUCCGUGUCGACAGUUUAUCUUUAUAUAGCUGCUGAAGGUGAGGAGAUAUCUCUGGAUAUAAAUUUUACGGUUGUGAAAAGCAGGAAGAAAAUUGAUGCAAUACAGUAUUUAUAUAAACAGAAGAAAUUAUUUAAAGUGGUAAGAGAUGAUAUGGCAUGGUUGUCAUUCUCAACAAAAAAGAUAAAAAAGAAAGACAAGCACAGGCAGUGAAUACAACAUUAUAGUAAUUUUUAUAUUCCCCAAAGGGAGAGCAUAUACUCGUUGCUUUGUCCGUCUGCAAACAUUUUGAAAAGUAUUUUGACGUAACUGGACAUUUGGUCAGGCAAUCUUGGAAGAAUCACUAGACCGAUUCAGUUUUCCUUGGACCGAAUGGAAAUCAGAAUAAAAUAGCGUAAAACACUUAUUUCUUGUAUUCACAAAAACUAGUGAUUUUCCAACCAGAAGUAAAUAUUCGUUCACAUGCUGUACUGUAAUAGCGAUAUAACAACUAAAUUUUUUAAUGUUUUUUUCUCAAUAACUUAUGGUAAAUUUAUUUAUGAAAAUUAUUGACAUAGAAUAUGUAAUACUUGUACUGAUAAUUACUGUGUUUAUUUUAAUUUUUAAUGUUAUUUUGAAGAUAGUUAAUGUAAAAGUUAAAUGUGAAAUCUUUAGAUUGUUACAGGACAGUGGGAUCAGCUCGGACAGAAUUUUUCCUGGUCCAAAUGUAAUUUUACUUGUCAGGUCCAUAGGACUGGCACUUUUGGAAUGUCUGUCAUCUGUCUGUCUGCUUUUUCUUGUCUGGGACAUAACUCUGAAACUACAAGAGGUAGGGCUGUCAUUGAAUAUCGCAAUAUUGAUAUAUCAUCGAUAUUCAUUAUUCGAUAUAAUAUCCAUACACGUUUUCAAAUAUCGAUACAAGCUAAAAAAAUUAUUUCUGUAAGUGAAUAUACCUCUCUAUUUUACCUAAUAAGAGAAGUUACUUUUUUCUAGUUUUCUUGUCUAACUUGAACUUUAAACUCCAUUUUCUAAUGUCAGUGACAAAAAUAACAGAAAAAAAAACUUUCUGUUAGUUUGUAGUAUUUGUAAUGUCUAAUACAAGCAUGCAUAACACCAUGAUCCCAAUUUAUAACACAUAUUUAAGUGUUUUAUUGUAUCUACUGUCAAAGUCGAUAUAGCGAUAUAUUAUUAAUAUUUGCCUCUUGAUAUAUAUCGAUACAAAAUUUUCAAUCAAUGACAGCCCUAACAAGAGGUCUCAACAAGAAACUUAGUAGGUAGAUAGAUUUUAUUAAGUAGAAGUGCAAUGCAUAGGAACCAUAACUCUGCCUUGCCUUAUUUUGAGUUAUUACCCUUUUCCAUUAUUACACUUUGAACUUUGUCUGGGACAUAGCUCUAAAACUAUAAGAGAUAUCAACAAGAAACUUAACUUCACUGUGACAAAGUGGAAAACCUAUUUGUGGAGCAUCACCCAGUUUUGCCUGGCUUGUGUUGAAAUUUAGUGAAAGAAAAAUGCUUUUUGAUCAUAGAAUAUAAGAAACAUUCAUUUAGUGGUUGAAAUUUGGGCUAGACUCAAGGCCAAAAAGGGAGAUUUUUUGUCAAACAUUUAAAUUACUAAUUUACAUUAAAAAAUUGAAAAUUACUCACUAACCAACUUUGAAUGACAUGCUUGUAUUUUUAAAUUGUGAUAUUUUGACUGUUAUUAUAUAUAGUGUAUUCAGUGUUAGUGUAUAUUUCUCUCUUGUUCUUAUUUUUAAGCUUGCCUUUUAAAAGAUAAAAAGGAAAAAAGAGGUAUCUUUACAGUAAUGGCAGCAUUACCAUACAGCAGUCUGCACACUUUAACUUUGAUUUUAACUUUUUAAGUUCUUGAUGUAUUGCCUUCGUACUAAGCCACAAUAAUCCUUGAAACAAGACCUUCAAGUAGACAAGACUAAACUUGACCUUCAUUCAUAAAUGACAUUGACCUUUAUAAAGGUUAAAUUAAUGAAAUUCUCAUACUUUUCCUAUGGCUAUGACAUUUGGACCAUGUGCACAGUUUUACAUGUAAAAUUGAACUUUGAUAAUCAGCUGGCCUAGAUAAUUUGAUAAAGUGACCUACUUUCUUGUCCUUUGAUAUACAGCUAUGAAAUAUGGACCAUGUGCACAGUUUGAUGUAAAAUUGAACUUUGAUAACAGCUGACCAAGAUAAUUUGACCAAGUGAACUACUUUCUUGUUCUUUCAGUGUACAGCUAUGAAAUUUUGACCAUGUGCACAGUUUAAAAUGUAAAAUUGAACUUUGAUAUUGGCUGCUCUAGAUUUUGAUGAAUUGACCUACUUUCUUGUCCUUUGAUGUACAGUUAUGAAAUUUAGACAAUGUGCACAGUUUCAGAUAUAGAAUUUAACUUUGAUAUCACUUGACCUAGAUUUUGAUGAAUUGACCUACUUUCUUGUCCUUUGAUCUACUGCUAUGAAAUUUGGACAAUGUGAACAGUUUCAGAUAUAGAAUUUAACUUUGAUAUCACUUGACCUAGAUUUUGAUGAAUUGACCUUCUUCUUGUCCUUUGAUUUACUGCUAUGAAAAUUGGACCAUGAGAACAGUUUCAAAUGAAAAAUUGAUCAUUGGACAUUAUGGUAAUGAUUCAUACUUGGACAAAACAACAAGUGGGACUAGACCUACCUAUUGAAAUAAAAAAAGGAAAAUCUAGUUUUUUUUUUCUUUAUUUUUCUUGUUUUAUCUUUUUGCUUUUAGAAAAGUUAAAAUCAAGUGUUGUCCCCACCUGUCUGUGGCUCAUGUUAUGCUAUAAAGGUGUGAAAUAAAGUGUAUGAGUAGGACAGAAGAGCAUUAUUUUGUGGUCUCCAAACUGGCACAAUUGCUUCAAAUUUAAGAAACUUUAUAUUGCUUGAUUGUAUAAUUUUUAGACCUGUACUGAUUCUGAUAUUUAAACAUUGUAAUAGUGACCUGUUGAGUAAAAACUGUAGAAAUAAAAGACAUAUCUGAUGUA